ACGCCAAUCCUCAUUCUUUUAUUUUUCUUCUUUCUUUCCUUCCUCCGAACCAAUCAAAUUUCUGAAUUGCUUGAGAAACCAAAACAGCAUAUAUUCACGCAUUCGUUCUCCACCGUCCUUCAAGAAACAAAUACCACAUCACACCAAUUCAUAUUCCAACUUCCUUGAAAAUCCCAGGUAUCGGUACACACAUCCCCUGGCUCCAGCCAUGUCAGCGCCAGAACCAACUGCAAACCUCUUGACAUCAAGACAUCGUAGGAGGAAAGACAUGUCUAUGGUGACACAAGAUAUCAGGGCCAGGGCAGAGGUUUGUUAUGGAGAUGAAACAUGCAGAGAGAAGAUUAUUUCCUUGCUGACAGAAAAGGGCUUGCCAAGUGGUCUGAUAACAGUAUUAGAAGAGAUAGAGGAAUACUGCUACAUUAAGGACACAGGGUUUGUUUCGCUCAAGCACAAGAGCAAGAGAAAAGAUCACAAGUUCGACAAGGUAGCCGUAUGCUAUGACAAUGAAGUCACAGCAUAUUUUGAGCCCAACAGGAUCAGGAAUUUGACUGGUGUUAAGGCCAAGGAGUUCUUGAUUUGGAUUACUCUGAGUGAAAUUUAUGUAAGCGGUGACAUUCCAGCUGCGUUGAUUACAUUCAAGACUCCUGCAGGUUUCUCCAAAUCUUUCCCAUUAUCAUCGUUCACUUUUAAAGAUGAGGAGGAGGCGAAUGAAGUUCAUGAAGCAAAAAUUGGAAAAAUAAAGGGGGUGAAACUGUAACUGAAAAAAUUUAUUAUAUUCAAAACCUAAUUUAUUGGUC